UAUAUCCUUUUCCUGUAAAAUUCUUACACUUCUGUCUUGCCCUAUUUAUUUCUUAUACCCCUAGUUUGUUCAUGCUGCUAUAACAAAAUUUAGACUGGGUAAUUUUUAAUGACAGAAAUUGAUUUCUUAUAAUUUUAGAGACUGAGAAGAGCAACAUCAAGGUACCAGCAAAUUUGGUAGCUGCCAAGGGCCUGUUCCUCUUAGAAGGUUCCUUCUGUAUGUCCUCAUGUGGUGCUGGGGCAAAUAAACUCCCUCAGGCUUCUUUUAUAAGGGCAGUAAUCCCCUUCAUGAAGGUUAGGCCUAAUCACAUUUCAAAACUCUCCACCUCUUAAUACUAUCACAUUGGGGAUUAGGUUUCAACAUGUGAAUUUGGGAAUCGGGGAAACCAUUCAGACCACAGCAUACCCAUACUUAUGCUUGAAAAUCAACGUAAAUACUACUUCUUUUUUCUAAAGGAAUUCCUGACUAGCCCAAAUCUGACACAUGGUAGCCAUUGAUUCAUUUGUAUAAUGGCUAUAUCCACUUAAUUUUUUAUAUUCAAAUUCCAUGUAUAUAAUUCCUAUAACCAUUCUUUGUAUAACAUAUUCUCUGAACUACUUAUUUUCAUUGACACUUUUGUCUUUUGAAAAACUAAUUUUCUUUGUUUCUUUGAUUGUGUGACACUCAUAAACACACCCUAACAGAAGGCUUUCUAAUACCAUCAGAUUCUUUACCUGAGUCUAUUCACUUUUUUUUCCAGCCUAUCAAUUGUCCUUCCAUGUUAUAAAUUCCUUAGUCUUGGGGUUCAUUGUGGAGGCCUCUUUAGGACGAAUGGAGAUCAAGUUGGUUCAGUAUGUAGAUGUCCCAGAAUGGUAUUGUUGCAAAAGGCAUGAAAGAACACAUAGGAAUAAAGAUGAAAAGAGACUUCACAAGAUUUAUUGAAGAACUAAUAUUCUAGAAAUCAUGGGAAGACUCUGGUCCUAAUGUUGAUAGUGACCCACCAGACUCUGAGCACACAGAAUAAUUGCUCUGCUUCUCAAUUCUCCAGUUGACAAAACACAGGGAUUAGAGUAGGGAGUUAAUAAUGCUUCUGUAACCUGAAAUUCUUUUGCUCUUAUUGUUAAAUUGCCCAAGUUAAAUUAUUUGCAUGAGAGGAGGAAAAAAUCUUUAAAAAUAAUAGUUGUCAUGAAUUCUAUAAAAAUUAAAUAAUUUUAAAAGGAUAAACCCUAUUUUAGCAAGUAAAUAUGUGAGUAUAUGAGAGAAUAAUGUUAAUAAAAACCAUUAAGCUGACUAUCAAGAUAUUAGAGACGUGGGCAGAAAACAUAAAGACUUCAAAAUAUAUGUUAUAUUGUUAAACAUCUGGCAGAUUUAUAAAGCUUUGUAAAAAUCAGCCAUAGAAAUUGCAUUUUAAAGAGUAAAAGUGAACAGUUUUAACAAUGGGAAAAGGCUCUGUACUAGCACUAACAUCAAUUAGAAAAUAAAGCAUUCUGAUUUUAAUUAAUGGAUGUUUUCAUGGUGUCUAAUAAAAAUAUAAUUUUAAGGACUUCAACAUUUUAAUCUGAGAAAAUAUCGUUGUAUUUAAAACAAGUGUAUUUUUUUAAAUAAGCAAACACAUUUACAUUCAUCAAUUAUAGUAAAACAAAAGCUCAAGAAAUCCCAGAGCAUAUAAUUUCAUGAACCAAGAAUAAAAUGAGCUCUGGGCUUAUGAACAAGAUCUGCCCCUGAAUAAUCUCCAGAACUCUGUUCAUUUUAUGCGGUAGUUUAAGUUUUCUUCUGUCUUGGCCCAACUUAUAAACAACAGAAAUCUGAGUCGUGGGAAUAUAAUUUAUGAACAGAAAAGAUUACUUGUCUGUGAAUUGUGUUCUGAAGAUGAAAGUAAAUAUACAAGAACAUACGGUAUUCCAUUAAAAGUUGCCAGAUCAUAAUUAUGUGGCAAGACAGUUAUCAGAAAUUAAUCCAUCUGUUGAGAGCAAUUGAAGACACUAUCCUAAUGUAGGCCCUUUUGAGGAGACAGCAUUAACAGAAAAAAAUUCAUAGCAAAGGCUUGAGGGGGGAAAUGAAUCCAAUCCAGCCUGAAAAAAUCUGCACCAGGUUUGAAAAAUCACCCCAUCCUCUGGUGUAAGUGAUGCUAAGAAGCACAAACUGCUUUUUGAAUCUAAGUCCCUGUGUUUUCUGUGAAGGAGCUGUAAGUGGGGUGGGACAGAGAUGGCACCUGGGGAUUCUGAGGCACCCGCUCCUCUCUGAGACAGACAGGGAUCAGGAGCCGGUCUGGGACCAGACCACCAGCAACACACCAGAGGAUGUUCUGUAAAUAAGACCAUGGCACUUAAGAAUAUUAACUACCUUCUCAUCUUCUACCUCAGUUUUUCACUGCUCAUCUACAUAAAAAAUUCCUUUUGCAAUAAAAACAACACCAGGUGCCUCUCAAAUUCUUGCCAAAACAAUUCUACAUGCAAAGGUUUUUCAAAAGACAAUGAUUGUUCUUGUUCAGGCACAGCCAAUAAUGUGGACAAAGACUGUGACAACAUGAAAGACCCUUGCUUCUCCAAUCCCUGUCAAGGAAGUGCCACUUGUGUGAACACCCCAGGAGAAAGGAGCUUUCUGUGCAAAUGUCCUCCUGGGUACAGUGGGACAAUCUGUGAAACUACCAUUGGUUCCUGUGGCAAGAACUCCUGCCAACAUGGAGGUAUUUGCCAUCAGGACCCUAUUUAUCCUGUCUGCAUCUGCCCUGCUGGAUAUGCUGGAAGAUUCUGUGAGAUAGAUCACGAUGAGUGUGCUUCCAGCCCUUGCCAAAAUGGGGCCGUGUGCCAGGAUGGAAUUGAUGGCUACUCCUGCUUCUGUGUCCCAGGAUAUCAAGGCAGACACUGCGACUUGGAAGUGGAUGAAUGUGCUUCAGAUCCCUGCAAGAACGAGGCUACGUGUCUUAAUGAAAUUGGAAGAUAUACUUGUAUCUGUCCCCGCGAUUAUUCUGGUAUAAACUGUGAAUUGGAAAUUGAUGAAUGUUGGUCCCAGCCUUGUUUAAAUGGUGCAACUUGUCAGGAUGCUCUGGGGGCCUAUUUCUGCGACUGUGCCCCUGGAUUCCUAGGGGAUCAUUGUGAACUCAACAUUGAUGAGUGUGCCAGUCAACCGUGUCUCCAUGGAGGGCUGUGUGUGGAUGGAGAAAACAGAUAUAGCUGUAACUGCACGGGUAGUGGAUUCACAGGGACACACUGUGAGACCCUGAUGCCUCUUUGUUGGUCAAAACCUUGUCAUAAUAAUGCUACAUGUGAGGACAGUGUUGACAAUUACACUUGUCACUGCUGGCCUGGAUACACAGGUGCCCAGUGUGAGAUUGAUAUCAAUGAAUGCAAUAGUAACCCCUGCCAGUCUGAUGGGGAAUGUGUGGAGCUGUCCUCAGAGAAACAAUAUGGACACAUCACUGGACUGCCUUCUUCUUUCAGCUACCAUGAAGCCUCAGGUUAUGUCUGUAUCUGUCAGCCUGGAUUCACAGGAAUCCACUGUGAAGAAGACGUCAAUGAAUGUUCUUCAAACCCUUGCCAAAAUGGUGGUACUUGUGAGAACUUGCCUGGGAAUUAUACUUGCCAUUGCCCAUUUGAUAACCUUUCCAGAACUUUUUAUGGAGGAAGGGACUGUUCUGAUAUUCUCCUGGGCUGUACCCAUCAGCAAUGCCUAAAUAAUGGAAUAUGCAUCCCUCACUUCCAAGAUGGCCAGCAUGGAUUCAGCUGCCUGUGUCCAUCUGGCUACACCGGGUCCCUGUGUGAAAUCGCAACCACACUUUCAUUUGAGGGUGAUGGUUUCCUGUGGGUCAAAACUGGCUCAGUGACAACCAAGGGCUCAGUUUGUAACAUAGCCCUCAGGUUUCAGACUGUUCAGCCAAUGGCUCUUCUACUUUUCCAAGGCAACAGGGAUGUGUUUGUGAAGCUGGAGUUGCUAAGUGGCUACAUACACUUAUCAAUUCAGGUCAAUAAUCAGCCAAAGGUUCUUCUGUACAUUUCCCACAACACCAGCGAUGGAGAGUGGCAUUUCGUGGAGGUAAUAUUUGCAGAGGCUGUGACCCUUACCUUAAUCGACGACUCCUGUAAGGAGAAAUGCAUCUCGAAAGCUCCUUCUCCACUUGAAAGUGAUCAAUCAAUAUGUGCUUUUCAGAACUCCUUUUUGGGUGGUUUACCAGUGGGGACAGCCAGCGAUGGUGUCGCUCUACUUAACUUCUAUAAUAUACCAUCCACACCUUCGUUUGUAGGCUGUCUCCAAGACAUUAAAAUUGAUUGGAAUCACAUUACCCUGGAGAACAUCUCAUCUGUCUCAUCAUUAAAUGUCAAGGCAGGCUGUGUGAGAAAGGAUUGGUGUGAAAGCCAACCUUGUCAAAGCAGAGGACGCUGCAUCAACUUGUGGCUGAGUUACCAGUGUGACUGCCACAGGCCCUAUAAAGGCCCCAACUGUCUGAGAGAGUUUGUGGCAGGCAGAUUUGGCCAGGAUGACUCCACUGGAUAUGUUGUCUUUACUCUUGAUGAGAGCUAUGGAGACACCGUCAGCCUCUCCAUGUUUGUCCGAACACUUCAACCAUCGGGCUUACUUCUAGCUUUGGAAAACAGCACUUAUCAAUAUAUCCGUGUCUGGCUAGAGCACGGCAGACUAGCAAUGCUGACUCCAAACUCUCCCAAAUUAGUAGUAAAAUUUGUUCUUAAUGAUGGAAAUGUCCACUUGAUAUCUUUGAAAAUCAAGCCAAAUAAAAUUGAACUGUAUCAAUCUUCACAAAACCUAGGAUUUAUUUCUGCUUCUACAUGGAAAAUCCAAAAGGGAGAUGUCAUCUACAUUGGUGGCCUACCUGACAAACAGGAGACUGAACUUAAUGGUGGAUUCUUCAAAGGCUGUAUCCAAGAUGUAAGACUAAACAACCAAAAUCUGGAAUUCUUUCCAAAUUCAACAAGCGAUGCAUCUCUCAAUCCAGUUCUUGUCAAUGUAACCCAAGGCUGUCCUGGAGACAACAGCUGCAAGAGGCAGAUCAGUGUGGGAAGGGCAAUCAUUGAGUUGGGAUCCAGAGGACCUAGGUACCAAGUUUCACUGUUUUGCUUCUAUAUAGGAUCUUGGGCAACUGGAAACACCUUCUUUUUAUCAUCUGUAAAACCAGGAUCCAACCCCUGUCGCAAUGGAGGUGUUUGCCAUUCCCUGUGGGAUGACUUCUCCUGUUCCUGUCCUGCCCACAUAAGUGGGAAAACCUGUGAGGAGAUUCAGUGGUGUGGAUUCAGCCCGUGUCCUCACGAAGCCCAGUGCCAGCCGGUGCUUCAAGGAUUUGAAUGUAUUGCAAAUGCUGUUUUUAAUGGACAAAGCAGUCAAAUAUUGUUCAGAAGCAAUGGGAAUAUUACCAGAGAACUCACCAAUAUCACAUUCGGUUUCAGAACAAGGGAUGCAAAUGUAAUAAUAUUGCAUGCAGAAAAAGAGCCUGAAUUUCUUAAUAUUAGCAUUCAAGAUUCCAGAUUAUUCUUUCAAUUGCAAAGUGGCAACAGCUUUUAUAUGCUAAGUCUGACAAGUUUGCAGUCAGUGAAUGAUGGCAUGUGGCAUGAAGUGACUCUUUCCAUGACAGACCCAAUGUCCCAGACCUCCAGGUGGCAAAUGGAAGUGGACAACCAAACACCAUUUGUGACCAGCACAAUUGCUACUGGAAGCCUCAACUUUUUGAAGGAUAAUACAGAUAUUUAUGUGGGUGAUGGAGCUAUUGACAAUAUAAAGGGCCUGCAAGGGUGUCUAAGUACAAUAGAAAUCGGAGGCAUUUAUCUCUCUUACUUUGAAAAUGUUCAUGGUUUCACUAAUAAACCUCAGGAAGAGCAGUUUCUCAAAAUCUCUACCAAUUCAGUGGUCACUGGGUGUUUGCAAUUAAGUGUUUGCAACUCCAACCCCUGCUUGCAUGGAGGAAACUGUGAAGACAUCUAUAGCUCUUAUCAUUGCUCCUGUCCCUUGGGAUGGUCAGGGAAACACUGUGAACUCAACACUGAUGAAUGCUUCUCAAAUCCCUGUAUCCAUGGCAACUGCUCUGACAGAGUUGCAGCCUACCACUGCACAUGUGAGCCUGGAUACACUGGUGUGAACUGUGAAGUGGAUAUAGACAACUGCCAGAGUCACCAGUGUGCAAAUGGAGCCACCUGCAUUAGUGAUACUAAUGGCUAUUCUUGCCUCUGUUUUGGAAAUUUUACAGGAAAAUUUUGCAGACAGAGCAGAUUACCCUCAACAGUCUGUGGGAAUGAGGAGACAAAUCUCACUUGCUACAAUGGAGGCAACUGCACAGAGUUCCAGGCUGAAUUAAAAUGUAUGUGCCGGCCAGGUUUUACUGGAGAACGGUGUGAAAAGGACAUUGAUGAGUGUGCCUCUGAUCCGUGUGUCAAUGGAGGACUGUGCCAGGACUUACUCAACAAAUUCCAGUGCCUCUGUGAUGUUGCCUUUGCUGGCGAGCGCUGCGAGGUGGACUUGGCAGAUGACUUGAUCUCGGACAUUUUCACCGCUAUUGGCUCAGUGACCCUCGCCUUGUUACUGAUCCUCUUGCUGGCCAUUGUUGCUUCUGUUGUCACCUCCAACAAAAGGGCAACUCAGGGAACCUACAGCCCCAGCCGUCAGGAGAAGGAGGGCUCCCGAGUGGAAAUGUGGAACUUGAUGCCGCCCCCUGCGAUGGAGAGACUGAUUUAAGAGCAUUCUGUCCCUUCGAGAUGGGGAUCCACACACUGUGAAUGUGAUGACUGUACUUCAGGGGUCUCUGACAUACCUGACGAUGUUAAUCUGCAACCGGGAUUACACUGGAACUACAGGAAUGAUUCCUUUAACCACCUUAAAGACUUUCACAGUGGUUCCACUCAACACCAUUGUUUUAUUAUGUUAUAUCACCCAAUCGCGAAAAAAGUCUGUGCCAGUAAUUUCAGCCUUAUAAUUAGCAAAAAAUCUUCCAGAGAAUGAAGUCUUCUGAGCAAAGCUCCAGUGUCUAUCACUGAAACUCUUUCCUGUUUUCAACCUGGGGACAACUUUUAGUUUUCAUUUUAGGUUUCUGUACUUUCUGUAGUUUCUGUGUAAACAUAUGGCAGUUUACACAGAAACUGUAGUUUCUGCCAUAUGUUUACACAGAAACUACAAUAAAAAAUUGGCUACAUUUCUCACUUCUCCUAUCAUGUGGUCAAAGGUUAUUGUUGUAUACCAGCGAUGGGAUACUUCUGUAUACUUUUGUCCUUCAUUCAUGGAUUCAGAGAAAGCCAUGGGAAUGACCUGUGGUUCAAAAAAGUGACCCAAUGGCAACAAAUAAAAAUCGAAAUCUGGUUUUUCUCC